CUGGGCCGGGUGCGGAGCGGGCAGGAUGUCGCGCCAGGCCGGCCGCGGCACCGAGAGCAAGAAAAUGUAUUGGUAUUUGCCAUUCAUUUCACCUUCUGCAUCUAUGCAUCUCAUGAACUCGGAGCUCUUCACGCUGACGUACGGCGCCCUGGUCACCCAGCUGUGCAAGGACUACGAGAACGACGAGGAUGUCAACAAGCAGCUGGACAAAAUGGGUUACAACAUAGGUGUUCGGCUAAUAGAAGACUUCCUGGCCAGGUCCAAUGUUGGAAGAUGCCAUGAUUUCCGUGAAACUGCAGAUGUGAUUGCAAAGAUAGCAUUUAAAAUGUACCUGGGCAUCACUCCGAGCAUCACCAACUGGAGUCCUGGAGGCGAUGAGUUCUCCCUCAUCUUGGAAAACAACCCCUUGGUGGACUUUGUUGAGCUCCCUGACAACCACUCAUCGCUCAUCUAUUCCAACUUGCUGUGUGGAGUGCUGCGAGGUGCCCUGGAAAUGGUCCAGAUGGCUGUGGAUGUCAAGUUUGUCCAGGACACACUGAAGGGUGACAGUGUCACAGAAAUAAGGAUGAAAUUCAUCAGGCGGAUUGAAGACAAUCUUCCAGCUGGUGAAGAGUGAACGAGAGCCCAGGCUCCCUUUGGGACUGGAGGGGACCAGCUGGUUUUGGCCAUUAGCUUUCAUCGCAGAUCUGUAGGGAUCUAGUGCCCCUGUACAUUCAGACUGACUCACUGACUGUUUAAGAUGUUAUUAUAUUCUUCUACUGCUCCUUCCAUUUCCUGUAGAAGACGAUUGUCUGGUGGCUUUAGAUUUCACAGGUUCAUUCUGAGGCUUU